AUGUCUGAGUUCCGUCGUCUUUUUAUGGAAACAACAGACAUCGAUCCUUUUGCUAAAUGCAUCACCAUUGCAUCUGCCUGCAAUCUUGUGUUCCGCAAGAACUUUUUGCAGCCUGAAACCAUUGCCAUCAUUCCACCUCACGGAUACACUCCACAAGACGAACAAUCUGUGCAAACUUUAAAAUGGCUUCGUUACACUGCAGAAAAAGAAAAUAUUUACAUACAACAUGCAGGGAACACUGGUGAACAAAGAAUUGGCCCAUAUCGUGUUGAUGGUUUCCAUCAAGAAAGUAACACCGUUUUUGAGUAUAAUGGAGAUUUUUGGCAUGGUUGCUCAAAAUGCUUCGCGAGAGAGACCAAAAAUCCAGUGACAGGUAACACUAUGGGAGAAUUGUACGAGAAAACGCUACAGCGUCGUAGACACCUCAUCACGCAAGGGUACAGAGUCGUGGAGAAGUGGGAGUGCGAGUUGAAGAAGGAGUUGAAUGAAAACGAGGAGAUGAGAGAGUACUUUGACACUUGUAUAGUAGCUGAGCCUCUGGAACCUAGACAAGCGCUGUUUGGUGGCCGGACGAAUGCGACAAAGUUAUAUCAUGAAGCACAAGAAGGAGAAAAGAUCAAGUACGUCGAUUUUACAAGUUUGUAUCCAUGGGCCAACAAAUAUUGCGAAUACCCACUCGGUCAUCCCGAGAUCAUUAGUGAGAACCUUGGUCCCCUAGAAGAAUUAAACAAGAGUCCAGUGGGUUUCCUAGCUGGUGUACUACUGAAGAGGAUAAACAACGCUAUAUCACAGAGUACCGCGAGAAUGAAGGAAUCCGUUUAG